CAUCUCUUGCAUUGCUUGAUACUUGGUAGUUGCUAUUGAUAGUCCAUAACAUAACCACAGCGACGCUGCCACUGGCACUCCCAGACAGAGUCCCAGACAGAGACCACCUCGUUAAGUUCCAAACACUUUUCUUUAUGACAUUACAAACCAAACAACCGUAAUCCAAACUCAAUAAUGGUAGCUGGCAAGGUCAAGCUUCCAAUGCCCUUCCACAAGUCUCCUUCUCCCUCCCACCCUCCUCCUUCACCCUCCAAAUCCUCUUUCACGCGCGCCCUCGGCGCUUACUUCCCACGCUCCUCCGCUCAAGUCCAACCCCGCCCACCGGACGUCGCGGAGCUUCUCCGCCUCGUCGACGACCUCCGCGACCGAGAGUCCCGCCUCAAGACUCAGCUCCUCGAGCACAAGCUCCUCAAGCAGACUGCCGCCAUUGUCCCCCUCCUCGAGAAUGACAUCGUUUCCAGGGACGCUGAGAUUCUCUGCCAAGCCAACACAAUCCAAGACCUCCAGGCUGAGAAUCAGAGGUUGGCCAAGGAGCUCCAUGAACUCAGGCUCCGAAGCGAGCAAGAGAAGAGAGAGAAUGAGUGCAAGACCAAAGCAUUGGAGGAUGAGAUAGCUGAGCUCAAGAAGACUGCCUCCGAACAUGCAAAUGACCACGAUCUCUCUUCUUCUCACAGGUUCCAUAAAUUUCUCAACAAGACUCUGAAGAAAACGGUGUCGUCGGAUCAAGGAAGCGGGAACCAGAAGCAGCUUCUAGAAUGUACCGCUGCUGCUGCAGUUCUUGAGGAUUUUAAACCACAGGGGCCGGCAAGUGAAAAACACUCCGAGGAACUCCCUGACACUUUCACCAAUGCCGUCACAUCACGUCAGCCACGUGUUCCCAAACCGCCACCGAGACGAUCGUCGUCUUCGUCACCGCAUUCGCCCUUGACUGCUUCCCCUCAUUCUUCCACCUCGGACAAUCAUAAUGCGGGAACAGAGCAACCGAUUCAGCAACCUCCGAAACUAGGGCCUCCUCCGCCCCCGCCCCCGCCGAAGGCUGCUGCUUCAAUGUCGUCCAAAACUGCUCCACCACCUCCUCCGCCGCCUCCUAAGGGGAGUAGAGCUGUCAACGCGAAAGUGACGAGGGUGCCAGAGGUGGUAGAAUUUUACCACACGUUAAUGAGGAGAGAACCAUCGCAACCCUCUCGACGCGAAUGCAGCUCCAACGGAAUCGUGGAGGCAGCCGGCUCCGCAAAUGCAUAGCAACUAGUCAAUCAUGAAUCAUAGUUAAUUUGUUAUCAGAUAAAAACCGAUGUGGAGACCCAAGCAGAUUUUAUCCGGUGCUUAAUUAAAGAAGUAGAGGAAGCAGCAUUUGCAGAUAUUGAAGAUGUUGUUCUUUUUGUUAAAUGGCUAGACGAUGAGCUCUCUUAUUUGGUGGAUGAACGAGCAGUGCUGAAACACUUCGAAUGGCCGGAGCAAAAGGCGGAUGCUUUGCGCGAGGCUGCGUUCGGAUACUGUGAUCUAAAGAAGCUGGAACGCGAGGCUUCAUCGUUCCGGGAUGAUCCAAGGCAGCCGUGUGGUCCAGCUCUGAAAAAGAUGCAAGUUCUCUUUGAUAAGUUGGAGCACGGGGUUUACAAUAUCUCAAGGAUGAGGGAGUCAGCAACAAAUAGAUACAAACUCUUCCGGAUACCACUUCAUUGGAUGCUUGAUAGUGGCUUUGUGAGUCAGAUAAAGCUGGCAUCUGUGAAACUGGCAAUGAAGUACAUGAAGAGAGUCUCGGCUGAGCUUGAGACAGUUGGCGGUGGUCCUGAAGAAGAAGAGCUCAUUGUCCAAGGUGUAAGAUUCGCCUUCCGGGUACACCAGUUUGCUGGAGGUUUCGAUGUGGAGACAAUGAGAGCAUUCCAAGAAUUGAGAGAUAAAGCAAGGUCAGGCCACGUUCAGCAACAGAAAUUCCUUUGCAGGUCUGCAACAUGCUAGUGAUGAUCGACCAAACUCAGCUUCAGCCAAUUGCUGUAAAGAUAGUUACAUUUUGUUUUGUCAAUAGAAUGCCAUCCAUUAAUAUUAAUUGGGAAACAAAGACACUGAAAAAACCAAUUUGUUUCCUCUCGCUUAUAUA